AAUACCAUGUCCAAACUAACUUACACUUUCCAAUCCAUGAGGUACAACAAAGUAAGCCUACAACAUCUGGAAUAUAACUUGACAGCAAAACAAGAUAAUGCACCAGUGAUAAGAGGUUCAAAAACCAUCCUCUGUACCCUAACCAAACAGAAACAGAGCAUCACCAUGAUUUCAUUUCAAACCAUACAAACAACUUUCACCACCACAAAACAUGAAUUCUUUCACAAAACUCAUUUACUCACCAUCAACAACUAUCAAAAAAGGUUCUUCAUCUGCAAAUCAAAAGAUCCCGAUACAAAUGCCCCAUCAUCCCCGGAAGGUGAUGCCAGAAGACAAGAAAUAUUGGCAAAAAUUGCAAUGCUUCAAGCCCAAAAGGUCCGUCUCACCGAUUAUUUAGAUGAACGAUCCGAAUACUUGACCAAGUUUGCGGAAGAAGCCAAUGUAGAGUUUGACCAAGUUGGCGAAAACGCUCUCAAAGAACUUGAAGAAGCCAGUGCACGGAUAAUGGGAAACAUAGAAAGUCAAAUGCAAGCCUUUGAAGAAUCUGCAGAAUCAAGCAAGCAAGAAAUAGAAGAGAAUCAAAGGAAAAUAGACGAGUUCGAAACUCGGUUCGAGAAUGAAAUAAACGAAGGCCUGUUCUUCAAGAAUUUGGGCCAGAGCCCAACAAAGCCCAUUGACAAAUCACUAGCGAAAGCAGCAGCCGAAAAAGUCACAGAGUUGACCAAACAAACAGCAGGAACAGCAACUAGAAGAAACAUUUACCUUGCAUUGAUCGGACUGGUUAGCAUCUCUUUGAUCGACUCCGUUAUAUCUCCGUCUUUUGAUUGGAGAAAAGGUGUGAUUCUCGGUUUGAUUUUGGUUGGUUUGAUUACGCAAUUGACCUACGAGCAGAAGGUGUUAGGUGAAACACAAAGGAAAGAAACUGAGAAAAGUGAGGAUAAGAAAGAGUGAAGUGAUUUUUUAGUUAUAGUUGUAUGUUUUUCAACAACUAUAAAACUAUAUAUAUGAAAUAUCGCAUGGUGAAUAACCCAAAGUAUGAUCUUUAGCGCUUUGGACUGAUAUGUCAUGCUACUUUCUUUUGCAUCA